AUGGCGAAUUUCGACAUCUUGCGGUCGGAGCAAGAUCUUCUUAUGUAUUCGUCCCUUUUUGGCAAUCCCAAAGAUGAAAAUGUUAAAUCGCGUGGGACGGAAAUUGAGGAAAAAAUCGAGUUUCUUGAGAAUUUGGCUGGAAAAGUUAGCAACAGAAGGUCCCGCCGAUGGCUAAACGAUCGGUUGUUGAUGGAGCUUGUUCCUCGCUUGAAUGCUGAUGAAAUCAGGGGACUGUUUGCUCCACCACCUUGGGGUGAUGAUGUGCCUCCUUCAGCAUUUAGCAAGACAAAUGUGAGGGAGUGGGAUAGUUUCAGAAACAUAGACAUGGAUAAGGAGGCCUCUAUCAUGGAGUCCAUUGACAGCUCAUCUUCAAAGAGGAAAGGCCAUUUGGAUGCUGAAAAAGUUGCAGUGCUGAAAGCUUGGCACCGCGUAGAUGGUCGAACCAGAGAAGCACUUCGUCGUUGUUAUCUUUCAGAUUUGCUGAAUGGAUAUGAGGAAUGUGUGCGCUCGUUUGUUGAGGAUGGUGGGCACAGAGAUGUGCUGGUGCUGCAUGUUCAAGAUCCUUUCCACCGUUUGCUUCUACAUGGUGUUUGUGAGUUUUAUAAUCUGGUUUCAUCCACGGCCGACCAAUCAGAAGGCUGUGAAUCUUUGAAGGUGACAAGCAUAAGGAAGAAACAGUCAGCGUGUGCUGAUAUCCCCAGCAUCACUCUCUGCAAAUUUCUGAAAACAGCAAAAGAAGGGUUUUGGUGA